UAGUACGUGUACGGCAGUACACUCGACGGAGACGAUGCCGGACGCCUACCUUCAAGCGCCCAUAAAUAGCCGUGCCGGGCCUUUAGCCGAGAGCAGCAGCUCCGAGCCUCCGAGCAUACACGUACACUUGAAGCUAGAGGCCUAGAGCCCACAGCAUCUGCUCGAGACUCUGCCAGCCAAGAGAGUCUUGAGGAUCUAGCUAGCUAGCUAGCUAGGCUGCGAGGAUGUCGCUGGUAAGGCUGUUGGACACGCUGGCCCCGGAGUCGUGGAGGAACCCCUUCAGCAUCUUCGGCACGGCGGUGGCCGCCGACGCGUGGCUGGCGAGCGACACCUCGGCGUUCGCCAACACCUACAUCGAGAGCCGGGACACGGCGGGCGCGUACGUGUUCAGCGCGGCGCUGCCGCCCGGCGUGAAGAAGGAGGAGGUGAGGGUGGAGGUGGACGAGGGCAACGUGCUGGUCAUCACCGGGGAGCGCAGCGUCCGCCGGGAGGAGCGCAGCGACAGGUGGCACCACAUCGAGCGCAGCUGCGCCACGUUCCUCGGCAGGUUCCACCUGCCCGGGGACGCCGCCGUCGACGGCGUCAGGGCCGCCAUGGACGCCGGCGUGCUCACAGUCACCGUGCCCAAGGUCGGGGCCAUCGCCGCCGCCGCCGCCGCCGCCGCCACCGCCGCCGCCGAGCCGACGAUGGCCGCGGAGGCCGGCCCCUGCUGAUCUGACGCGCCGGCGCGCGCGCUCGAUCACGGGCGGCGCGGCACGGCCCUGUUGAAUGAGCAGUAAGGUCUCUCGUCCGUACCGUCUGAAGCGUCCCCCUCCUCUGGUUUGGUAUUGCAUACUUUUCCGUGUGAUGGAUCUGCCUGCACGCAUGUAACAAGAAGAAAAAAGCCUGCCUGCACGGCUACACCAUGUCUGUUCUGUGCUCGAUAAAUGAAGAGCAAACCUAAGCAGCUAAGCUGGAAUCCUGUCUCCACUAAUUUCUUCGUCUUUCCUUGCGCUUCCAGUCUCUACAAAUUUUUCUUCAUGCUGUAAUAAGUUGUGACAAGUUAAUGACAGCAACCUGCCAGUGUGACCUGUUCAGUUGAAAA